AUGAGCGCGCCAGAAAAGAGCUACCUCGCCGAGUCCUCGUCAGACAACAAAAGCCCAAGCGAACCCACAGGCUCCGGCUCCUCACCGCGGAAACGGUUGAAAACAAAAGAUGAAUCGAAGACUGCCAACUCAAACAGUAAGGGGAUUUUCGUUCUAGAAGCCGAUGUAGCUGAAGAUAAAGGUUCUAGGCCAACUAUGGAGGACUCCUGGGUAGUGCUUCACGACGCCGCCUUGGAAUCUGCCGGAGAUUUGAGAUGUGCGCAUUUUGCAAUUUAUGAUGGACAUGGAGGCCGAUUAGCUGCAGAGUAUGCACAGAAGCAUUUGCACAAGAACGUGCUUUCAGCAGGCUUACCACGUGAGUUGUUGGAUGUGAAGUGUGCAAAGAAGGCUAUACUCGCCGGAUUUCGAAGUGUGGAUGAGGCCCUCCUUCAAGAAAGUGCUGCAGGGGGAUGGCAAGAUGGUGCCACAGCUGUAUGUGUAUGGGUAUUGGGGCAAACAGUGUUUGUUGCUAAUAUUGGUGAUGCGAAGGCAGUGGUAGCCAGGUCACAUGCAGCUGAUGGUUCACAUUGUGAUUCGAGCGGAUCGAAUUCACUGAAGGCCAUUGUUUUGACAAGGGAACACAAAGCCAUAUACCCACAAGAACGAGCACGCAUUCAGAAGGCUGGUGGAUCUGUUGGUUCGAAUGGACGCUUGCAGGGACGACUUGAGGUUUCUAGAGCAUUUGGAGAUCGGCAAUUUAAGAAGGUGGGUGUUAUUGCAACUCCGGAUGUUCAUUCAUUUGACCUUACUGAGAGAGAUCACUUUAUAAUUCUUGCUUGUGAUGGCUUGUGGGGGGUGUUUGGACCAAGUGAUGCGGUUGACUUUGUUCAAAAGCUGUUGAAGGAGGGUUUACCAGUUAGAGAAGUUUGCCGACGCCUUGUGCGAGAAGCUGUCAGAGAGCGCUUGUGCAAAGAUAACUGCACUGCAAUUGUCAUUGUUUUCAAGAAGCAGUGA